UAGCGAAGUUUGUUUUGCCUGCAGCAUUCCGGAUUUUCUUCAAAAUGAGCUCCAAAAAAGUGCUUCAACGGCUUCUCCGGACACCAAAACCGGUUCGAAAAACGGACCUUCUGACCGAUCGGGAGUAUCAUGAGCUGGCCUCUACGUCGUUUGGGGAUUAUCAGCGUAACAACUUUACCUCGGAGCAGCUGGAACAACUCUCGGCAGCGGAGGUUGUCCAACUGGAGAAAUAUUAUCAACUGUUAGAAAGACAGUCCGAGCGCGCACAGAAGCGGAUCCGUGACAAACGGCAGCAAGAGGUAGCGCCGCCCGUUGUGAUCCGUUACGUUCCAGCUCCCAGGGCAUUGGAACAGGAAAUUACUGAAGUGAAAAACGCUUCAAUUCCGGGGAUAGCGCGGGAAGAUGACAAUGAUCUUAGGCAAGUGCUAGAAGACAUUGAGAAAAGGAAUGACGAACCGCCGCCGCAGCAGCAACAGCAAAUCUCUCGACGACUGACGGAUGUCAUAGAACGGGCAGUGGACGAUCUGAAUGUGUCCCUGAACAUGAUCGAUCUCUCCCAGGCGAUGCCUCCGAGAGAACUGCUCCUUGAAGAACCGCUCGUGCGGGAGCCACUUAUUCGUGAAAGCAUCGGGGAAUUGGACCUGGGUCCACCGGGAGAUGCUGGAGCGUUCCUGGGAGUAGACAGCCCGAUGCCUCUCAGUGAUGCUGAUGUUCGAAACAAAUUGCUGCAGGAGUUUCCAAGCCUUCGACGACCGGAUGUUGGUGGGAGGUUCGAAGAUCUGGAUGAAGUUCCAUUGCCAGAAGUUCAGCUGAUGCCACCCCCUCUGGGUACCGGGAUAAGUUUUUCGACACCUAUUGCUGCAAUUCCUACCACUGCCGUUCGGAGAGUUCCCGACCGGUUUGGGCGAUUGUACAACACGGAUCUCAGUGCAAUCAAAGGUCCGACACCGACGGAUUUGGUAGCAGCACUUGCAGAGGAUGACACUUCUGUUCAGGUUGUGGAAAUUAACAAGGCAAGUGCUUCUGUUCCCACGGAAGAGGUCCCAUCGAAUGUUGUACCCAUACAAGAAGAACCGGGAUAUACUAAACCAGCGGAACAGACAUUAGAGCCGAUGCCAAUCACUGCUUCGGAGUCAAUUCCAGCAACGGAACCAAUACAAUCGAAACAGCAAAAUGUGGUUGCCCUUGCACCAAAGUCAGUAUCAACCGAAUCAUCUUCGUCCGUGGAACGUCCCGUCGAACGCCCUCGCAACGCUCGCAAAUCGCACAGAAAAGUUCCCACUUACGGUGAGAGCUCCGUUAUCGUACGAAUGAAGUUAAGAACACAGUUUGAAUUUGACUAUGGUUGUGACGACCUUGAAAAGUUUGAAGCGAUGCGGAAGUUGAUGCAAUGGAUUACCUGUGCAGUUCCACUACCACGUCAAUCAUUUCCGGCCGGCAUCGAAGGGCUUCCGGUCCUGCGUGACGUUUCAACCACCCAAGCCGAGCUCAGUUCAAUCCGUGAACCAAACCAAUCGCGCUUGUUUCCUAUCUACGAGCGUCCACAACAAGAGGAGCUUCCAGAGCAACAACUUCAGCACGUGUCUCUGUCGGUGUCUGGUGCAGAAGCAACUGAACGCUCAAUUUCAGUGCCAGUUGUUCCUCCGUCUCCAAAUUUGCCUUAUGUUUCCCUCGGUGAUGCCAGCCGGGCUUUGGAUACGGGUCUUGGGAAUCAAACGACCUUCCAAGAUACAUCUAUAAGUCUUACGAUUCCACAAGUCGUAAUUACUGACACGUCAACCGACAACGGUAGCAUGUUGCAUCGUGAGACACCGGUUAGCGAGAAACCAGCGAUUGAACAACCGAUUGUAAGCGGCCAAGAAGCACACGUUCAGCCGGUUGUGGUCUCAGGUCAGGAUCAGUUGAGUGGUAACAAACCUGUGGAGCAGACCGGUGAUGCGGUGAAGAUUACUGCGAACAAUGAGGUACUGGCUUCGAUCAUGAAUCUUUAUCUAACAAUUCAACGUGAAAUAGCGUUUUCUAAGCGGAACUCAGUUUCGAUGGAUAAUCUGGCGCAAAUUAUCAGCAUUGAUAGAGUGUCCUGUGCAAAGCGUUUCCUAUAUUUGUUGAAAUUGAAACAGUGGGGUCUCAUCGAGAUACGAGUUGAUGAGAAGUCUUGCGUUCAAAGCAUUUCGUUGCGUCGGUUUUGAACUGAUAAUAGGUUACCAGUUACGAUUCUAAACUAUCUUUAGAAGCAAAAAUUGUCAUUGAAUUAUUCAUUUGUUUUCAUUUUGUUCAUCUGUCUUUUUUUAAUUAUCGAUAAAAUGUAUUAGCUACCUAUCUAUUAACUGAAAUGAAACACUAAAA